AUGACUUCCCAUGAUGACUACAUGGAUGCCGCUUGGCCUCCUGGAACUGUUCGCAUUGAAGAAUUAACCCGGUCAAACGAAGGUUCGGAGGUGAUUCUCGAACCAAAACCAUCCCGAGAUCCAAACGAUCCAUUGAACUGGCCAAAAUGGAGGAAGCACUUGAACUUUGCGUUUGUAUCGUACUACGUUAUGAUGGUUCUUGCCUUGAUUGAUGUGGCAACAGUGACUUGGAGUUCUGUGAAUGCCGAACUCGGAUUCAGCUUUGCGCUCCUAAAUGACAGCUAUGCUGCAGGCUGCGGGGCCCUUUGCAUUGGCGCGGUGAUUCUAGUUCCCUUUGCCCUCAAAUUCGGCCGUCGACCGGUGUAUGUGCUCAGUACAGCUGCUCAAUGUGGACUCAGUAUUUGGUCUGCCAGGAUGCAGAAUGUCGCAGAUCUGAUGUUGGUGAAUAUCUUGAGCUGUGUCGUUGGAGCACUUGCAGAGGUUCUGGUCCAGAUGACAGUGGCGGAUGUUUAUUUCGUCCAUCAAAGAGGCCUCAUGAAUACACUGUACUAUUGGGUCACUACUGUUGGAGUCACCUUAGCUCCUCUGGCAGGUGGUUUCAUAACACAGUCCCAGGGUUGGCGCUGGGUAUGGUGGUGGAUGGCCAUCCUCUUUGGUAUUGGUCUGGUCGCUUUCAUCUUUUUCUACGAGGAGACCAUGUUUUCCGCAUCGUCUAUUGACGGCAUCCCAAUAGCAGAUAACACACAGACAGCGUCGAAUGAUGUGAAGAAGGAUCCCGAGGCACCGAGCACUCAGGAUACCGACGAUGCACAAACGCAGAAGCCACGGGUCGAGACUAUUGGAAUUGACUAUUCAAUUCCUAAGAAGUCAUACUGGGAAAAGCUUCCUUUAUGGACCAAUUCCCCGAUGUCGUUUGGGCAGUUAGUAAAACACAGCUACCAGCCAUUCUUGAUAAUGUUCAGCAUCCCAGCAGUCUUCUUCAUGGCCCUUGAGUAUGGUAUCAUGACCGCAUGCACUACUGUGCCCGUGACUACACUUUCCUCUGUCAUGACUCUCCCACCAUACAACUUUGGCGCUGCUCAGAUUGGUCUCAUGGGUCUCCCGCCAUUUAUUGGAACUAGUCUAGCAACCGUGAUCUCCGGCCCGUUGAGCGACUCGAUCGUUCUUUGGAUGGCAAAACGAAAUGGUGGAGUAUUCGAGCCCGAGAUGCGUCUAUGGCUUUGUCUAGCAUUUACACCACUUGUUCCGGCCGGUCUCUUCAUGUUCGGAAUAGGCCUGAACAAUGGGUCACAUUGGCUUCUCCCUGCCUUCGGUCUUGGUAUCAACGCAUUCGGUGUUGUUCCUGCCAGCAGUGCUGCCCUCACCUAUCUUACAGACGCUUACACUGACAUAAUUGCGGACUCGAUUGUUGGCGUCACUUUCAUUCGGAAUCUUAUAUCUACUAUCUUUGUCUUUGCGCUUGCACCAUGGGUAAACCGUGUCGGAUUGACAUGGUUCUAUGUCACAUUUGGCCUUAUUGUCACGGUGAUAAUGCUUGGAAACAUCGUCUUUAUUUAUUUCGGAAAAAUGUUCAGAGCGAGGGUAGCAAGCCGAUACCGCCACUUCAGUGCGCAGAGGCUAGGAUAA